AUGACCCUGUCCAAUUCCACGACUGUUCUGCCCUUUCUGGCCUCGCUGUGGCAGGAGACAGCCGAGCAGGGCGGCAACGUGUCGGGCCUGGCUCGCCGGUCUCAGCUCCGAGAUGACAGCCGGCUGGAGGCGCUCUACAUCCUCAUGGUGCUGGGCUUCUUCGGCUUCUUCACCCUGGGCAUCAUGCUGAGUUACAUUCGGUCCAAGAAGCUGGAGCACUCGCACGACCCUUUCAAUGUGUACAUCGAGUCGGAUGCCUGGCAGGAGAAGGGCAAGGCGCUCUUCCAGGCCCGCGUCCUGGAGAGCUUCAGAGCUUGCUAUGUCAUUGAAAACCAGGUGGCCGUAGAACAGCCUGCCACACACCUUCCUGAACUGAAGCCAUUGUCGUGAACCCCAUAGCUGGUUAAGAAUACACAAGCCCUACAGGUGACAAGCUGGUCU